AAAAAUCUCCCGGUAAAGAAAGAAAAGAGCCAUUGACGUCUCCUCUCUCGCUCUCCAUCAUUCUUCUUCUACUUUUGUGCUCUGCUUCACUUUUUCUUCUUUCCUUUUUUCUCUCUCUCAACGACCACCACCAUGCCCGGAGUUGCCUUCUCCUGUGUUCCUGCCUCCGAUCUGGGAAUCUUCAUCUCCGAAUCCACCACCUUCUCACGCUCCAUCUCCGCCUCCCUCUCAUCUUCCUCCAGUUCACCCUCCUCCUUUCGCUGUUGCACCCCAUUGAACCUCAAAUCGCUGCGUUCUCAUCGCCGUCCUAAGAUUUCUCAUAUUUGUUGCGACGGAAGCUCUAUUUCCGGAUCUGGCCUCGGCGAUCCCGAUCUCGAGUUUCUCCAAGCCUCUGUCCUCGUUGCAGAGACAAGUAUGCAUUACAAAAUGCGGCGACAUGGUUUCCGGCAAGAUUCAAUGUGGCAAACUUCUAGGCCUUUGCCUCCCUUUUCUAUUAGAGCUAGUGAAUCCAGGGUUGGUGUUCUCCCUAUUGGACUUGGCUUUCUCCGUCAAUUCAAGCAGCCCACUAUUUUUCUCAAGAUCUCCUGUGAUGGUGACUACUUGCUUCCUGUUAUUGUUGGGGAUGCUGCUGUUGAGAAACUUUUAGACGUACCACUACAAGGCCACACUGAGGAAUGCCCUGAUCAGUUCCAGUUCGUGUCUGCUGUUGUCGACAAACUUGGAUAUGAAGUUAAAAUGGUGAAACUUACAGGUAGAAUUGUAAACACUUAUUAUGCAAGUCUAUGUCUUGGCAAGCCUGGGGACAUUGAGGCUAUAUGCAUUGAUUCACGGCCAUCAGAUGCCAUCAAUGUUGCAAGAGCAUGCCAGGCUCCAAUAUAUGUGAACAAAGCAAUAGUGCUGGAAGAGGCUAUCAAAAUUGGUUAUGGAGGCAGACCGCAGAGCGCAAAGCCUGUUUUCAAUGUUAUCCUUGACAGCGCUCCCGAUGGACCAGAUCCUUUAUCGGAAGAGCUUAAAUUAGUGAGGAAUAUGGAUUUGGCGUCUAAAGAGGAAAGGUACAUCGAUGCAGCGAUGUGGAGGGACAGACUGAAGAACCUUCAGAACUCGAGGUGAGAAGACAAUUGUUGGUGAUAAUUGAGAUGCAUUAAUGAAGUGACAUUGAUAAUUAACUUGUUUUGGUUGCAGCUCUGUUGUAUAUAAUAAGGGUGUAGAAACUCCUGAGAGCUAUGAGUAGUGAAAGAAUAGGAGCUAAGAAAGGAAAUGGAUGUAGAUAUAAUGUGGUGGAUUUCAAGGGUAUGGAGAGAGAAAUAUAAGAAGCUCAUAGAUUGAUGGUACCGCAUGUACCUGAGAGGAAGCUCUUAGAUUGAUGGGAUCGCAGGAUGUAUUCAAAGUAAAUGAAAGAUGUAUGAAUAACCUGAGGGAAUGUGUAAAUGUAAAUGGAAGAAGACUAAAUGAAAUGCAUUUCUUUAAGUGUGUAUAGUAUUUUUAUUGAAUUGGCGAUAAGAAGAUUAUUUAGGAGAAAGAAACUGAGGGCAGAAGCAGACAAAACGAAAGAGGGACGGUUACAUACAGUGGGAAAGAAGAGAUGUGGAUUGUUGUGCCUUCAUAAAUGUCUACUUGUGGAAGACUAAGCAGUAAGUUAAAAGAAACGUGAAUGAUUUCCCCUGAAACGAUGGUUACACAACACUCCCUUAUUCACUUGGUUUUCGGGUUAAAGUUAGAAAAAUAAAAGAGGUGGCCCAGCUUUGGUGCAUUGAGAGUAGCAGAGUUA